GCCGGCGCCCCUUCCUUCUUCCAAGUCAACCCAUCCAACGACCAACGCCAAUAUCUUCCGUGCUCUCUCUCUCUCUCUCUCUCCAUGGGGAGCGCCUUUCUGCCGGCCGCUCGAGCGAUCUUACUUCCCGGUUUCAGACAGGCGAGCUAUAGUGCAUACAAAAUCGAUCGUUCAUGAAGCAAAUUCGUAUGGCAGCGGAACGAAAUCACCAGUCGCGCCAUCGUCAAUCGAGGGAAAUCAGCGAUCGGCUCUGAAAGAUAGAGAAUCAGAGGGCUAAAUCGUUGAGAUCACGGCGAGGGCGAUUUGGACGACGGAGCGGAGUGGCAAAGUCUUCGAUGCGGAGGCGCCGAGCGCGGUAGGCGGACGGCGAGGAAGAUCGAUGCGGUCGUCGGAGAGGGCGGGGGCCGAGAGCCCGCAGGUCCUGGCAAUCGAGUGUGUGAAGGGGAGCACGAAGGGGGAGGAAUGGAAUGGGGCAUUGUUGCAGACGGGGGACAUCGUGGAGGAGGUGCACGUUGCAGGGUCGAUGGUGGGGUGUGCGCCUUUCAAGGGAGGGAGGGGCGGGGUACAGAAGCUUCUGCGUGCGUCCUACAAGCGGAACGAGACGUCGAUCUCGGUCCGGGCACGGAGGGGCCGGAACGAGUUCGUGGAGAUGCAGGGGUGCAUCGUUCCCAACGAAGCCGCCGGACGGAAGCAGUACAUCAUCCGGUCCGUCGAUGACCCAAACUACGCCGUGGCCUUUGUCGACCGCACCGAAAGCGAGUGCUUCGAGAUCCAAGGCACGAAAAGCUCAAGAGUGGUGAGCGCACUCUACAGCGCUCAACUGAAGGACGGGUACGUGUCCUACCCAUGGGAGAAGAUGAUGAGGGAGUUCCUGCCCAUCCCCAACUCCAGCUGCUUCCUCUCCAUGCUCGUUCUCCCCUGUGCCCCCGACAACACCUCCUCCCAAUACAACGAUCUCAACGACACCCUCGCCAGGGCCAACGCCUGGCUCGUCGCCGCCCAGGCCUCCGGUGUACCCAUCGCCUUCAUGAAUGUGCAAACCGAGCCCAUCCUAACCAAGAUUUCAGGCGACUGUGCUUCUUCGUCCGUGAAUGCCGGUUCCCUGUCUGAGCUCUCAAACGUAACGACUGCAGGGGUUUAUGGUUUCGAAGACUACCACGGCGUGGACAUUGGUGUCGUUAGAUCCGUCCGACUGUGGUACGCGCCCAUCGCCGGUGAGUUCCCCGUAGAGGUUGAGCUGAAAGAUGAAGAUUCAAGACUGGGUUUUUCCAUCAGUCGAACAGAAGAGGGUUUCAUCUACAUAUCUUCAGUAACGGAUGGCGAUGGAGACCAUGAGUCAGCGUCGCAAAGGUCGGGACUGAACGCUUUGUACAAAUCGGCAACAGAAGCAUCAAAGCUGCUUAUAGUAUCAAGGGUCUCCAACGAGAAGGUUCUACCAUGGAUGGUUUCCUCGGAUGGAGCUCUUAGGUGUUUCGACACAGUCUCUCUCAGCCACAAACUGUCGCUGCACCGCCAUGCACUGAAACCAAUCCUUAUGCAUGUGUUCCUCUGGGAUCGAGUGAGCGUCGGCCGACCAGGCCCCAAUGCAAAACAACCAUCAAUUCCACCAACAGCAGCAGCAAAGGCUCCCACCAAGUCGCCAGCGUUGCCUGGACGCUCUGAUGUUGCUCAGGUAGCAAGUAGCGAACAGGGUGGCACGAGACUAAGUAAAGACGCUGCUGGUGAGUUCUCAUUCAGAAUGGAAGAUCCACCCUCUGUUCGGCAGUAGCUGGGUUUCACAAGCAUCAUUCCUCUCUCUCUCUCUGCUUUGUUUCUCUGUUGGGGGAUGCUGCCGAAGUCUGCCCGAGCUCUCAAUCAAUUGGUGACAUGAAAGAGCUUUCAUAGAGUGUGCGGGGUUGUGCAUCGAUAUUUCCUUCUCAAUGACGUUCUUGUCACCGAAUAAAGCCAAGGGAACACAGUAGGUCCUUUUUUUUUUUUUUUCCUCUUUUACCAGUGGAGGUCAUUCCCAUCCUUGACGAAGAAUGUACUCGCUACCGCUUUGGCGGUUUUGGUGCUCUGUGUGCAUAAGACUGUUAUAUCUCGACAAUAGACUUGCGAAAUAUGUUGCUUUCUUCAAUUUAUGUUUUUUCUUCUAUAGGAAAAGCAAACACUGUGCUCAAAAUUUGGAUUUUAAUCCUUGCCUUUUCCCUCCUUAUUUGCACUGCAAUGAAAUUUCUCGGGUAUAAUUGUAGGUUUC